UAUUAACCCGGCCCCAUUCAUUCAAUUAAAGAUCCCGGAGAAAGGAAAGAGAGCAAGAAAGAGCAAAAGAUGCCUCCAACAAAACAAGAACUCUCUUUACUUAUUAAUCCUCUCGUCCCUGAAUCCGUACAACACAACAACCGAGUCCUCUCCUCUCUCCACUCCAUAACCUCUUUCCUACUGGGCCUAACAGCUGGUAUUCUCGCCCUCCAGUCAGCCACAGGCUUUAUCUUCUACUUCCUCGGUACGAUCAUUGUCUCGGGACUCUUCCAUGUGGUCCUCUUGUACCGCUCUGCCGGCCAGGGUGCGGGCAGGUACUUCCCCGGCUCGAAUCCAGGCGAGAUCGACGGGCUCCAGGUUGAUUGGAAAAGGGGGGUUGUGACAGAUGCUGGCUAUGGAAUUCGCAAGGGUGCAUGGAAGAAUGUUUGGUUUGGAGGCGGGGUUUUGGGAGAGGCGCUCUCCGGGUUUAUUUUGGGAUGGGCGGGUGUUGGAGGAGUUUUGAGGUGAUCUGUCUUUCUUUUUUUCUUUUUCUUUUUCUUUUUCUUUUUUUUUUUUUCUGCUCUCUUUCUGGGCUUUUGAGUUUUAUUGUAUAGUUGCAGAGAAAGGGAAUAAAAACAGUAGGGAAGUUGUAAGUAAGCCUUUCUUUUUUGACCUAAUAAUUAGACUAUUUUGC